AUGGAAGGCGGCGAGCCUGCACAUGAGGAGGUGUUGGAGACAGAGCUGUCCGAUUUGAAUGAGACGGGCGGCAGCGGCGGGGACACCGACGUUGUGGGGGCCGAACAGGAGGACGAGGCGGGGCAAAGCACGGGCUGCAGCAGUGGCGAGGAUGACCAGGCAGGAGCGGAGGACGAGGGCGGCGACAGAGGCGAGGGCUGCAAGCGGAUCGGCACCCCGGGCCCAGACUUGGCACGCCCCGCCGCGAGCCCGCAGCAGCAGCAGCGCGCCGCCAACGUCCGGGCGCUGCUGGAGGGCGGCGAGUGCCUGGCCGUGACGCGCGCCCCGCUUAUGGCCGCGCUGCGGGUGACAGACGCCGACCAGCUGCUGCGCCGCCCUUUCAAGUCGCCGCACCCAAAUGCGCCGCCCGUCUCAGAGGUGGCCUUGAGGAGGAAGCUGGCCGCGCGCCGCCGCUUUGUCCCCUGGGGUGCCAGCAAGCCCUUCGUGCCGAUCGCCCCCCUGCGCCCGCCAAGCCCGGAGGUGCCACCGCUGCCGGACGCGGAGGGCCCGGCGGCGCCCGCAGCUGCAGCAGACUUGGCAAGCUGCGAGGAGGCGCUGCCUCCUGGCAUAGAGCCCUUGAUCCUAUGGGAACCCCAGCAGCAGCAGCAGCAGCAGCAGCAGCAGCAGCAGCAGCCGGCAGAUGGUGCGGCGGUGGCGGCGAGUGUGGCGCCUGGCGGCGGCGAGGAGGCCAACGGCGGCGGCGGCGGCGGCGGCGGUGGGGCAGGGGUGGAGGAUGGUGUGGUUGAGGUUGACCGCAUGCUGACGCGGUGGCUGAGGCCCCACCAGAGGGAGGGCGUCGCGUUCAUGUUUGACUGCGUGACGGGGCUGCGCCUUCCGGAAGGCAGGGGCUGCAUCCUGGCCGAUGACAUGGGGCUGGGCAAGACCCUGCAGGCCAUAGCGCUGAUGUGGACGCUGCUGCGGCAGGCACGUGCGGCUUUGCACGACCAGCACCUGGUGGGUAACUGGGAGUCAGAGUGCACCAAGUGGCUCAAGGGGCGCGUCAGGACGCUGGCGCUGUGCGAGGCGUCGCGCGAUGAGGUGGCGGACGGGCUGCGGCGCUUCCUGUCGCCGUCGCGGCCCUACGACUGCCUCAUAGUCAGCUACGAGACCCUCCGCCUCCACACGGCCAAGCUGGCGGCCGCGGGGCCGGGCGCAUGCGACCUGCUGAUCUGCGACGAGGCCCACCGCCUGAAGAACGACCAGACCCUGACCAACAGGGCGCUGGCGGCCAUCCAGUGUGCGCGCAGGGUGCUGCUGUCGGGGACGCCCAUGCAGAACCACCUGGACGAG